AUGGAUGGGCGGAGCGAGCAGUGGGGCGGGGGGGACCACGUGGAGGACGCGGAGGUGCGAGGAGGGAUGGUGAGAGUUGAGAGACAGGUAGCGGUGGAGGGGGGGGGGGGGGGGGGGGGGGGGGGGGGGGGGGGGGGGGGGGGGGGGGGGGGGGGGGGGGGGGGGGGGGGGGGGGGGGGGGGGGGGGGGGGGGGGGGGGGGGGGGGGGGGGGGGGGGGGGGGGGGGGGGGGGGGGGGGGGGGGGGGGGGGGGGGGGGGGGGGGGGGGGGGGGGGGGGGGGGGGGGGGGGGGGGGGGGGGGGGGGGGGGGGGGGGGGGGGGGGGGGGGGGGGGGGGGGGGGGGGGGGGGGGGGGGGGGGGGGGGGGGGGGGGGGGGGGGGGGGGGGGGGGGGGGGGGGGGGGGGGGGGGGGGGGGGGGGGGGGGGGGGGGGGGGGGGGGGGGGGGGGGGGGGGGGGGGGGGGGGGGGGGGGGGGGGGGGGGGGGGGGGGGGGGGGGGGGGGGGGGGGGGGGGGGGGGGGGGGGGGGGGGGGGGGGGGGGGGGGGGGGGGGGGGGGGGGGGGGGGGGGGGGGGGGGGGGGGGGGGGGGGGGGGGGGGGGGGGGGGGGGGGGGGGGGGGGGGGGGGGGGGGGGGGGGGGGGGGGGGGGGGGGGGGGGGGGGGGGGGGGGGGGGGGGGGGGGGGGGGGGGGGGGGGGGGGGGGGGGGGGGGGGGGGGGGGGGGGGGGGGGGGGGGGGGGGGGGGGGGGGGGGGGGGGGGGGGGGGGGGGGGGGGGGGGGGGGGGGGGGGGGGGGGGGGGGGGGGGGGGGGGGGGGGGGGGGGGGGGGGGGGGGGGGGGGGGGGGGGGGGGGGGGGGGGGGGGGGGGGGGGGGGGGGGGGGGGGGGGGGGGGGGGGGGGGGGGGGGGGGGGGGGGGGGGGGGGGGGGGGGGGGGGGGGGGGGGGGGGGGGGGGGGGGGGGGGGGGGGGGGGGGGGGGGGGGGGGGGGGGGGGGGGGGGGGGGGGGGGGGGGGGGGGGGGGGGGGGGGGGGGGGGGGGGGGGGGGGGGGGGGGGGGGGGGGGGGGGGGGGGGGGGGGGGGGGGGGGGGGGGGGGGGGGGGGGGGGGGGGGGGGGGGGGGGGGGGGGGGGGGGGGGGGGGGGGGGGGGGGGGGGGGGGGGGGGGGGGGGGGGGGGGGGGGGGGGGGGGGGGGGGGGGGGGGGGGGGGGGGGGGGGGGGGGGGGGGGGGGGGGGGGGGGGGGGGGGGGGGGGGGGGGGGGGGGGGGGGGGGGGGGGGGGGGGGGGGGGGGGGGGGGGGGGGGGGGGGGGGGGGGGGGGGGGGGGGGGGGGGGGGGGGGGGGGGGGGGGGGGGGGGGGGGGGGGGGGGGGGGGGGGGGGGGGGGGGGGGGGGGGGGGGGGGGGGGGGGGGGGGGGGGGGGGGGGGGGGGGGGGGGGGGGGGGGGGGGGGGGGGGGGGGGGGGGGGGGGGGGGGGGGGGGGGGGGGGGGGGGGGGGGGGGGGGGGGGGGGGGGGGGGGGGGGGGGGGGGGGGGGGGGGGGGGGGGGGGGGGGGGGGGGGGGGGGGGGGGGGGGGGGGGGGGGGGGGGGGGGGGGGGGGGGGGGGGGGGGGGGGGGGGGGGGGGGGGGGGGGGGGGGGGGGGGGGGGGGGGGGGGGGGGGGGGGGGGGGGGGGGGGGGGGGGGGGGGGGGGGGGGGGGGGGGGGGGGGGGGGGGGGGGGGGGGGGGGGGGGGGGGGGGGGGGGGGGGGGGGGGGGGGGGGGGGGGGGGGGGGGGGGGGGGGGGGGGGGGGGGGGGGGGGGGGGGGGGGGGGGGGGGGGGGGGGGGGGGGGGGGGGGGGGGGGGGGGGGGGGGGGGGGGGGGGGGGGGGGGGGGGGGGGGGGGGGGGGGGGGGGGGGGGGGGGGGGGGGGGGGGGGGGGGGGGGGGGGGGGGGGGGGGGGGGGGGGGGGGGGGGGGGGGGGGGGGGGGGGGGGGGGGGGGGGGGGGGGGGGGGGGGGGGGGGGGGGGGGGGGGGGGGGGGGGGGGGGGGGGGGGGGGGGGGGGGGGGGGGGGGGGGGGGGGGGGGGGGGGGGGGGGGGGGGGGGGGGGGGGGGGGGGGGGGGGGGGGGGGGGGGGGGGGGGGGGGGGGGGGGGGGGGGGGGGGGGGGGGGGGGGGGGGGGGGGGGGGGGGGGGGGGGGGGGGGGGGGGGGGGGGGGGGGGGGGGGGGGGGGGGGGGGGGGGGGGGGGGGGGGGGGGGGGGGGGGGGGGGGGGGGGGGGGGGGGGGGGGGGGGGGGGGGGGGGGGGGGGGGGGGGGGGGGGGGGGGGGGGGGGGGGGGGGGGGGGGGGGGGGGGGGGGGGGGGGGGGGGGGGGGGGGGGGGGGGGGGGGGGGGGGGGGGGGGGGGGGGGGGGGGGGGGGGGGGGGGGGGGGGGGGGGGGGGGGGGGGGGGGGGGGGGGGGGGGGGGGGGGGGGGGGGGGGGGGGGGGGGGGGGGGGGGGGGGGGGGGGGGGGGGGGGGGGGGGGGGGGGGGGGGGGGGGGGGGGGGGGGGGGGGGGGGGGGGGGGGGGGGGGGGGGGGGGGGGGGGGGGGGGGGGGGGGGGGGGGGGGGGGGGGGGGGGGGGGGGGGGGGGGGGGGGGGGGGGGGGGGGGGGGGGGGGGGGGGGGGGGGGGGGGGGGGGGGGGGGGGGGGGGGGGGGGGGGGGGGGGGGGGGGGGGGGGGGGGGGGGGGGGGGGGGGGGGGGGGGGGGGGGGGGGGGGGGGGGGGGGGGGGGGGGGGGGGGGGGGGGGGGGGGGGGGGGGGGGGGGGGGGGGGGGGGGGGGGGGGGGGGGGGGGGGGGGGGGGGGGGGGGGGGGGGGGGGGGGGGGGGGGGGGGGGGGGGGGGGGGGGGGGGGGGGGGGGGGGGGGGGGGGGGGGGGGGGGGGGGGGGGGGGGGGGGGGGGGGGGGGGGGGGGGGGGGGGGGGGGGGGGGGGGGGGGGGGGGGGGGGGGGGGGGGGGGGGGGGGGGGGGGGGGGGGGGGGGGGGGGGGGGGGGGGGGGGGGGGGGGGGGGGGGGGGGGGGGGGGGGGGGGGGGGGGGGGGGGGGGGGGGGGGGGGGGGGGGGGGGGGGGGGGGGGGGGGGGGGGGGGGGGGGGGGGGGGGGGGGGGGGGGGGGGGGGGGGGGGGGGGGGGGGGGGGGGGGGGGGGGGGGGGGGGGGGGGGGGGGGGGGGGGGGGGGGGGGGGGGGGGGGGGGGGGGGGGGGGGGGGGGGGGGGGGGGGGGGGGGGGGGGGGGGGGGGGGGGGGGGGGGGGGGGGGGGGGGGGGGGGGGGGGGGGGGGGGGGGGGGGGGGGGGGGGGGGGGGGGGGGGGGGGGGGGGGGGGGGGGGGGGGGGGGGGGGGGGGGGGGGGGGGGGGGGGGGGGGGGGGGGGGGGGGGGGGGGGGGGGGGGGGGGGGGGGGGGGGGGGGGGGGGGGGGGGGGGGGGGGGGGGGGGGGGGGGGGGGGGGGGGGGGGGGGGGGGGGGGGGGGGGGGGGGGGGGGGGGGGGGGGGGGGGGGGGGGGGGGGGGGGGGGGGGGGGGGGGGGGGGGGGGGGGGGGGGGGGGGGGGGGGGGGGGGGGGGGGGGGGGGGGGGGGGGGGGGGGGGGGGGGGGGGGGGGGGGGGGGGGGGGGGGGGGGGGGGGGGGGGGGGGGGGGGGGGGGGGGGGGGGGGGGGGGGGGGGGGGGGGGGGGGGGGGGGGGGGGGGGGGGGGGGGGGGGGGGGGGGGGGGGGGGGGGGGGGGGGGGGGGGGGGGGGGGGGGGGGGGGGGGGGGGGGGGGGGGGGGGGGGGGGGGGGGGGGGGGGGGGGGGGGGGGGGGGGGGGGGGGGGGGGGGGGGGGGGGGGGGGGGGGGGGGGGGGGGGGGGGGGGGGGGGGGGGGGGGGGGGGGGGGGGGGGGGGGGGGGGGGGGGGGGGGGGGGGGGGGGGGGGGGGGGGGGGGGGGGGGGGGGGGGGGGGGGGGGGGGGGGGGGGGGGGGGGGGGGGGGGGGGGGGGGGGGGGGGGGGGGGGGGGGGGGGGGGGGGGGGGGGGGGGGGGGGGGGGGGGGGGGGGGGGGGGGGGGGGGGGGGGGGGGGGGGGGGGGGGGGGGGGGGGGGGGGGGGGGGGGGGGGGGGGGGGGGGGGGGGGGGGGGGGGGGGGGGGGGGGGGGGGGGGGGGGGGGGGGGGGGGGGGGGGGGGGGGGGGGGGGGGGGGGGGGGGGGGGGGGGGGGGGGGGGGGGGGGGGGGGGGGGGGGGGGGGGGGGGGGGGGGGGGGGGGGGGGGGGGGGGGGGGGGGGGGGGGGGGGGGGGGGGGGGGGGGGGGGGGGGGGGGGGGGGGGGGGGGGGGGGGGGGGGGGGGGGGGGGGGGGGGGGGGGGGGGGGGGGGGGGGGGGGGGGGGGGGGGGGGGGGGGGGGGGGGGGGGGGGGGGGGGGGGGGGGGGGGGGGGGGGGGGGGGGGGGGGGGGGGGGGGGGGGGGGGGGGGGGGGGGGGGGGGGGGGGGGGGGGGGGGGGGGGGGGGGGGGGGGGGGGGGGGGGGGGGGGGGGGGGGGGGGGGGGGGGGGGGGGGGGGGGGGGGGGGGGGGGGGGGGGGGGGGGGGGGGGGGGGGGGGGGGGGGGGGGGGGGGGGGGGGGGGGGGGGGGGGGGGGGGGGGGGGGGGGGGGGGGGGGGGGGGGGGGGGGGGGGGGGGGGGGGGGGGGGGGGGGGGGGGGGGGGGGGGGGGGGGGGGGGGGGGGGGGGGGGGGGGGGGGGGGGGGGGGGGGGGGGGGGGGGGGGGGGGGGGGGGGGGGGGGGGGGGGGGGGGGGGGGGGGGGGGGGGGGGGGGGGGGGGGGGGGGGGGGGGGGGGGGGGGGGGGGGGGGGGGGGGGGGGGGGGGGGGGGGGGGGGGGGGGGGGGGGGGGGGGGGGGGGGGGGGGGGGGGGGGGGGGGGGGGGGGGGGGGGGGGGGGGGGGGGGGGGGGGGGGGGGGGGGGGGGGGGGGGGGGGGGGGGGGGGGGGGGGGGGGGGGGGGGGGGGGGGGGGGGGGGGGGGGGGGGGGGGGGGGGGGGGGGGGGGGGGGGGGGGGGGGGGGGGGGGGGGGGGGGGGGGGGGGGGGGGGGGGGGGGGGGGGGGGGGGGGGGGGGGGGGGGGGGGGGGGGGGGGGGGGGGGGGGGGGGGGGGGGGGGGGGGGGGGGGGGGGGGGGGGGGGGGGGGGGGGGGGGGGGGGGGGGGGGGGGGGGGGGGGGGGGGGGGGGGGGGGGGGGGGGGGGGGGGGGGGGGGGGGGGGGGGGGGGGGGGGGGGGGGGGGGGGGGGGGGGGGGGGGGGGGGGGGGGGGGGGGGGGGGGGGGGGGGGGGGGGGGGGGGGGGGGGGGGGGGGGGGGGGGGGGGGGGGGGGGGGGGGGGGGGGGGGGGGGGGGGGGGGGGGGGGGGGGGGGGGGGGGGGGGGGGGGGGGGGGGGGGGGGGGGGGGGGGGGGGGGGGGGGGGGGGGGGGGGGGGGGGGGGGGGGGGGGGGGGGGGGGGGGGGGGGGGGGGGGGGGGGGGGGGGGGGGGGGGGGGGGGGGGGGGGGGGGGGGGGGGGGGGGGGGGGGGGGGGGGGGGGGGGGGGGGGGGGGGGGGGGGGGGGGGGGGGGGGGGGGGGGGGGGGGGGGGGGGGGGGGGGGGGGGGGGGGGGGGGGGGGGGGGGGGGGGGGGGGGGGGGGGGGGGGGGGGGGGGGGGGGGGGGGGGGGGGGGGGGGGGGGGGGGGGGGGGGGGGGGGGGGGGGGGGGGGGGGGGGGGGGGGGGGGGGGGGGGGGGGGGGGGGGGGGGGGGGGGGGGGGGGGGGGGGGGGGGGGGGGGGGGGGGGGGGGGGGGGGGGGGGGGGGGGGGGGGGGGGGGGGGGGGGGGGGGGGGGGGGGGGGGGGGGGGGGGGGGGGGGGGGGGGGGGGGGGGGGGGGGGGGGGGGGGGGGGGGGGGGGGGGGGGGGGGGGGGGGGGGGGGGGGGGGGGGGGGGGGGGGGGGGGGGGGGGGGGGGGGGGGGGGGGGGGGGGGGGGGGGGGGGGGGGGGGGGGGGGGGGGGGGGGGGGGGGGGGGGGGGGGGGGGGGGGGGGGGGGGGGGGGGGGGGGGGGGGGGGGGGGGGGGGGGGGGGGGGGGGGGGGGGGGGGGGGGGGGGGGGGGGGGGGGGGGGGGGGGGGGGGGGGGGGGGGGGGGGGGGGGGGGGGGGGGGGGGGGGGGGGGGGGGGGGGGGGGGGGGGGGGGGGGGGGGGGGGGGGGGGGGGGGGGGGGGGGGGGGGGGGGGGGGGGGGGGGGGGGGGGGGGGGGGGGGGGGGGGGGGGGGGGGGGGGGGGGGGGGGGGGGGGGGGGGGGGGGGGGGGGGGGGGGGGGGGGGGGGGGGGGGGGGGGGGGGGGGGGGGGGGGGGGGGGGGGGGGGGGGGGGGGGGGGGGGGGGGGGGGGGGGGGGGGGGGGGGGGGGGGGGGGGGGGGGGGGGGGGGGGGGGGGGGGGGGGGGGGGGGGGGGGGGGGGGGGGGGGGGGGGGGGGGGGGGGGGGGGGGGGGGGGGGGGGGGGGGGGGGGGGGGGGGGGGGGGGGGGGGGGGGGGGGGGGGGGGGGGGGGGGGGGGGGGGGGGGGGGGGGGGGGGGGGGGGGGGGGGGGGGGGGGGGGGGGGGGGGGGGGGGGGGGGGGGGGGGGGGGGGGGGGGGGGGGGGGGGGGGGGGGGGGGGGGGGGGGGGGGGGGGGGGGGGGGGGGGGGGGGGGGGGGGGGGGGGGGGGGGGGGGGGGGGGGGGGGGGGGGGGGGGGGGGGGGGGGGGGGGGGGGGGGGGGGGGGGGGGGGGGGGGGGGGGGGGGGGGGGGGGGGGGGGGGGGGGGGGGGGGGGGGGGGGGGGGGGGGGGGGGGGGGGGGGGGGGGGGGGGGGGGGGGGGGGGGGGGGGGGGGGGGGGGGGGGGGGGGGGGGGGGGGGGGGGGGGGGGGGGGGGGGGGGGGGGGGGGGGGGGGGGGGGGGGGGGGGGGGGGGGGGGGGGGGGGGGGGGGGGGGGGGGGGGGGGGGGGGGGGGGGGGGGGGGGGGGGGGGGGGGGGGGGGGGGGGGGGGGGGGGGGGGGGGGGGGGGGGGGGGGGGGGGGGGGGGGGGGGGGGGGGGGGGGGGGGGGGGGGGGGGGGGGGGGGGGGGGGGGGGGGGGGGGGGGGGGGGGGGGGGGGGGGGGGGGGGGGGGGGGGGGGGGGGGGGGGGGGGGGGGGGGGGGGGGGGGGGGGGGGGGGGGGGGGGGGGGGGGGGGGGGGGGGGGGGGGGGGGGGGGGGGGGGGGGGGGGGGGGGGGGGGGGGGGGGGGGGGGGGGGGGGGGGGGGGGGGGGGGGGGGGGGGGGGGGGGGGGGGGGGGGGGGGGGGGGGGGGGGGGGGGGGGGGGGGGGGGGGGGGGGGGGGGGGGGGGGGGGGGGGGGGGGGGGGGGGGGGGGGGGGGGGGGGGGGGGGGGGGGGGGGGGGGGGGGGGGGGGGGGGGGGGGGGGGGGGGGGGGGGGGGGGGGGGGGGGGGGGGGGGGGGGGGGGGGGGGGGGGGGGGGGGGGGGGGGGGGGGGGGGGGGGGGGGGGGGGGGGGGGGGGGGGGGGGGGGGGGGGGGGGGGGGGGGGGGGGGGGGGGGGGGGGGGGGGGGGGGGGGGGGGGGGGGGGGGGGGGGGGGGGGGGGGGGGGGGGGGGGGGGGGGGGGGGGGGGGGGGGGGGGGGGGGGGGGGGGGGGGGGGGGGGGGGGGGGGGGGGGGGGGGGGGGGGGGGGGGGGGGGGGGGGGGGGGGGGGGGGGGGGGGGGGGGGGGGGGGGGGGGGGGGGGGGGGGGGGGGGGGGGGGGGGGGGGGGGGGGGGGGGGGGGGGGGGGGGGGGGGGGGGGGGGGGGGGGGGGGGGGGGGGGGGGGGGGGGGGGGGGGGGGGGGGGGGGGGGGGGGGGGGGGGGGGGGGGGGGGGGGGGGGGGGGGGGGGGGGGGGGGGGGGGGGGGGGGGGGGGGGGGGGGGGGGGGGGGGGGGGGGGGGGGGGGGGGGGGGGGGGGGGGGGGGGGGGGGGGGGGGGGGGGGGGGGGGGGGGGGGGGGGGGGGGGGGGGGGGGGGGGGGGGGGGGGGGGGGGGGGGGGGGGGGGGGGGGGGGGGGGGGGGGGGGGGGGGGGGGGGGGGGGGGGGGGGGGGGGGGGGGGGGGGGGGGGGGGGGGGGGGGGGGGGGGGGGGGGGGGGGGGGGGGGGGGGGGGGGGGGGGGGGGGGGGGGGGGGGGGGGGGGGGGGGGGGGGGGGGGGGGGGGGGGGGGGGGGGGGGGGGGGGGGGGGGGGGGGGGGGGGGGGGGGGGGGGGGGGGGGGGGGGGGGGGGGGGGGGGGGGGGGGGGGGGGGGGGGGGGGGGGGGGGGGGGGGGGGGGGGGGGGGGGGGGGGGGGGGGGGGGGGGGGGGGGGGGGGGGGGGGGGGGGGGGGGGGGGGGGGGGGGGGGGGGGGGGGGGGGGGGGGGGGGGGGGGGGGGGGGGGGGGGGGGGGGGGGGGGGGGGGGGGGGGGGGGGGGGGGGGGGGGGGGGGGGGGGGGGGGGGGGGGGGGGGGGGGGGGGGGGGGGGGGGGGGGGGGGGGGGGGGGGGGGGGGGGGGGGGGGGGGGGGGGGGGGGGGGGGGGGGGGGGGGGGGGGGGGGGGGGGGGGGGGGGGGGGGGGGGGGGGGGGGGGGGGGGGGGGGGGGGGGGGGGGGGGGGGGGGGGGGGGGGGGGGGGGGGGGGGGGGGGGGGGGGGGGGGGGGGGGGGGGGGGGGGGGGGGGGGGGGGGGGGGGGGGGGGGGGGGGGGGGGGGGGGGGGGGGGUGGGGGGGGGGGGUUGGGGGGGGGGGGGGGGGGGGGGGGGGGGGGGGGGGGGGGGUGGGGGGGGGGGGGGGGGGAGGGGUGGUGGUGGGUGGGGGGGAGUGGGGUGAUCUGGGCGUGGUGGUUGGGGUCGGCUCUGAUGAUGUGCGAGGUGAUGCCCACCAUCAAUGAGACCGAAGGGCGCCGAGGCUCCGGGUCCCCGCUGCAGUCCGACUCUGAGGGCCACUUUGAGUCCCUGAUGGUAUCCAUGCUGGAGGAAAGGGACCGGCUGCUGGAGACGCUCAGAGAGACGCAGGAGAACCUGGGGAUGGCACAGGGGAAGCUCCACGACGUCAGCCAUGAGAGAGACUCCCUCCAGAGGCAGCUCAACACGGCUCUGCCACAGGUUUCCUCCGGGUACUCCGGUUUCCCCUACCACUAA